UCGUUUUAAGGACUACAUGCUAAAACAGCUUGCCAUGUAUUGUGUCUUCCACCCCGAGAACAGGUUGCGUUUUUGUUUACCCGUAGAAACACAUUUUAGAUUGAGCUCUGGUAUUGUGAAUGAAAGACCCUCCCUUGUUGCUGCGACGCCUGUUUCUUCAGACCGUCAUCACAAGCGAUCCGCUUCAAUGGGACUUCGGGCUAUUCAAAGCACCAUCGAUUGUGCCUAACCUUUUUGAAGGUCAUUAGAACUGGAGGCAAGAUCUGCUGCUGUUUUAUCUGUUCGUUUCUCCUUUUUUUUCCAAAGGAAGCUGUAGCACAAAGGGGACACUGGAGUUAUGAAGGCUCGACGGAUGACUGGCGCUGUCCGUUCAGCACCACCUUGCGCCCAAUGACACCGUAAAAACACUCCUGACUCCUUCAAACCUGAGCCUGGGGGUUAUGAUAUUGGGUUAUUGGAGGGAAAACGCGUUCGCAUCUGUCCUUAGAAGCCAUUCAAGUGUGUGAAGGGUUUUGGAUAUCUAUUGUUGGCAUGGACACUUUGAGACGCACCUGGCACGAUCGAAAACACAUUUGAGUUUUUUGAACAUGGGUCCCAGCGUUAUGAUGACGGUCCAUGGGUUGGAGAUAUGACUAGAGAGGUACGCGAUGGGCCAAGGGGACGACAAGGAUCGCAUCGUGAUCAACGUCGGAGGAAUCAAGCACCAGACCUACCGCAGCACCCUGCGCACCCUUCCCGGCACUCGACUCUCCUGGCUGGCGGAGCCCGACGCGCCUAAUAACUUCGAUUAUGAUGCGAAUAUCGGGGAGUUUUUCUUCGAUCGUCACCCGGGCGUUUUCGCCCACAUUCUUAACUAUUACCGCACGGGCAAGCUGCAUUGCCCGGCGGACGUGUGCGGACCUUUGUAUGAGGAGGAGCUGGCGUUUUGGGGGAUCGACGAGACGGACGUGGAACCAUGUUGUUGGAUGACCUACCGGCAGCAUCGAGAGGCGGAGGAGGCUUUGGACAGUUUCGCCGGGGUUGCUCUUGAACUCGGGCAUGAAGACCCGGAGCCUGAGGGGGUGGCUGAGGCGGCCGAGGGGGAUGAGGGUGUUGAGAUGACCCGGAGACUGGCGCAAGGCGACUCGCCAGAUAACAGGUCCGGGCGCUGGAGCAGAUGGCAGAAGAAGACGUGGGCACUCUUUGAGGACCCGUAUUCCUCAAAAUACGCACGGUGGAUAGCAUUUGCAUCUUUGUUCUUCAUUUUGGUUUCCAUUACCACAUUCUGUUUGGAGACUCAUGAGGCCUUUAAUCCCAUCAUCAACCACACAGAGACUUACAAGGUUGGCAAUGAAACACGGGAGCGUGUUAUUUCUGAGACGGAGACCAUGGUGCAGUUAACCUACGUUGAGGGUGUUUGUGUCGUGUGGUUCACUUUUGAGUUUCUGAUCCGAGUGACUACCUGUCCAAACAAAUUAAAAUUUGUCAGAAAUACCCUCAACAUCAUUGACUUUGUGGCCAUCCUCCCCUUCUACCUGGAGGUAGGUCUGAGUGGACUCUCAUCCAAAGCUGCAAAAGACGUGUUGGGUUUCCUCCGUGUGGUGCGAUUCGUUCGGAUUCUCCGUAUCUUCAAGUUAACGCGACACUUUGUGGGUUUGCGGGUACUAGGGCACACGCUCCGUGCCAGUACUAAUGAAUUUAUCCUUCUAAUCAUUUUCCUUGCACUCGGAGUCUUAAUCUUUGCCACUAUGAUCUACUAUGCCGAACGUUUUGGAAGAAACCUCAACGAUCCUGACGCCAGUAAUGACACACACUUCAAGAACAUCCCCAUUGGCUUCUGGUGGGCUGUAGUAACAAUGACAACCCUCGGCUAUGGUGAUAUGUACCCUCAGACGACGUCUGGCAUGCUGGUGGGUGCACUGUGUGCACUGGCAGGUGUGCUGACGAUUGCCAUGCCUGUACCUGUAAUCGUGAACAACUUUGGCAUGUACUACUCCCUAGCCAUGGCGAAACAAAAACUACCAAAGAAAAAAAAUAAGCAUAUCCCACGAGCACCUCAACUGGGGUCUCCCAAUUACUGCAAGUCAGCUAUUAACUCCCCGCGACCCAGCACACACAGUGACACAUGCCCCCUGGCACAGGAAGAGGUUUCCGAGAUGAGAUACCAAGAUUUUAAAGUGAACGGGGAGGCGUCAAAAGCUGCCCUGGCCAAUGAGGAUUGUCCUCACAUCGACCAGACGGUGUCACCCGAGGAAGUCUUCAGCCCUGUGGACCGCGAGAGACCCUGCUUCCUGCUCACGUCUGGAGGAGAACGAGCCAAUCACACGGCGGGGAGGGUCAGGAAGGGUUAUGAAAAGCCAUGGAGCCAUAGCAGCAUGUCUGGAGGCGUGGCCUCAGUGUCGACCCUGCCCUGCAGCCCACCCUGUCUCAUGCAGCAGGUCCACUCUCCCAUCCCAUCCAUCCUGUAGCAUGGACAACUAAUCAAUCAGAGAUCCUCGCUCUGCAGUGCUGCGCUGAGUCACCUGCUCACACUGUGUACCAUCCAUCUCUCAUUAAAGUCUUCUUCAUUUGAACGCCACUUCGUUCUUCUUGCUUUUCCUCUUAUUACCCUCUCCUUCUUAUUUUCUUUCCUAAUCCUCUGCCUUUCUCUUUCCCCUUUAUCCUCAUUUCCUAUUCGUUAUCCUUCUUCUUUUCUGUUCUUGUAUCUUUAGAAAUUUCUGCACUUUCAUUGUUCCCCUUCUCUCUCCUUCAUAACUCCUUCUUUUUUCCCAAACCCUGAGUGUUUUAAGCUUUGGGUUUCAAUAGGUGCUAUUGGACACCAUUUAAAAGGAAAAAAGAUGAUACAAUGGCUAUUUCAUAUAUGAUGACAAAUUUAGUUUGAAGUGACACUAAACAAUCAUGAUUCUAGUAAUGCACAUGUCACCAACAUAGAAACUUGACUGAAGAAACCUCAUCUGCAUUUGCAUGCCUUGCAUGGGAAACUAUCUGAGAAAACAAUGUAAGUUCAUGGAAAAUAUGUAAGAAAAAUGUGUUUUUUUUUUUUUUUUUAUCCAAAGCUUCUUUAAAUAUAUCUGAUGCAGAGUAUGAUAUCAUUUACGAUGACAUACAAAAUAUGUAGCAAUUGUUUUUUGAAUUUUCGCAGACAUUUUUUGCCUUCCCCCAAACUACGAUCUCUGGUGUUUUUUCAAACACUCUGUAUCUAUUAGUAGCAGCGACUGAGUCGACCAUUCGACUUCUUGACAAACAAAUGGAGAUGCAAAUAUUGAACAAAAAUGCACUUUAACUUUUUUCUCAAACAGAACAGGCAAAUUUAACUAGCAGAAUUUCAAUAACAAUACCAGCUAUUAUAUAAAUAUGGUUUUAUUUUCACAAAAACCCAUAUUUUUCAUAAAUUCCGUUUCAAAUGUGAUUUAUCUGGAAUACAUACUUGUGUUUAUCACAUUUUUAAACACGUGACACUGUAGCAAAUCCUACCGAAAAUAUACAAUAUAGAUGUAUCGUGCAGUUGACAGAAAAACAAGUCUUAAAAUAAGAAAGAAAUCGGUGUACUUUUGGGAUUACUUGGGGAGAGGUAAAUGCAUGCACUUUUAUGCACAAAAACACAAAUGCGAAUGACAAAACUGUACAUAUGAACCUUGCAUGAAAUAAAUUUUGUAUCCAAUCUGUAUUUAGACUCUGGUUUUCUUUGACAGAACAUCCGUACACGACUCCCCCGGUUGCUUGGCAAUAGGCUGUGCCUGUAUUGUGAUGUCUCUUUGAUCUUUCACCCCAUCUUUAUCACUGAGCUGUUUUUCCAAGCAGCUAUUUUUGGACUUUAUGGUCUGUAUUAAAAAAAAUUGCAAUUAUGCAUCAGAGUUACUAGCUCAUAAUUCAAUCCUGGUAAAAGGAUGCGCAAUCACACUUGGAUCUUGAAAGGUUGAAAAGGUCAAAGAGAGAGCGUGUGACCUCCCGGUAAAGCAAGGGGGACUGAAACAGCAGAGCCAAGGCAGAACUAGCGGUGAUCGUGCCCUGUUUCACACACCACAAGGUAGCAUGCCACAAGUCAUUAACCAAGCAUGUCACACCGUCCCACUGCGUGCAAUAACAAUCACAGCAUGAUGAGAUAAUCAUAUUAACAAUAACCUGUAAACUUACACUGGAUCUGAAUGAAUGCAGCAUGGGAGAAUGCAUGGUAAACACCUGCUUGACACAGAUCACCCUGUUUGCUUGCACGGUUCAAGGGACGAUUAUCCCGCCAGCCUUCUCCAUCAGCCCCCCUCCCCAAUGUUUCUGUGCUGUUCGUUUGGUGUAUUAAUAUGGUUUUCCUUGUUGUUUGUUGUUGUUGUUUUCUCUUCGUGUUUUUUUAGAGACCCAGCGCGGCAACCGAAGCAGACAACCAACAGAGUCAGUGUGUGUAAUGAACCAUGGUGUACCAACCACUAUGUGUGUCAACCAUAAAGCCACAUCCCCCACCUGAUAGUACCGUAUUUAGAGCGUGUGCUGUGCGUUUGUUGUAGAUUAGUACUUCUCUCUGAGUUGUGACUGAGAAUCAAUUCAGCGUAGAUGUAGCACAGUAAUUAAGAGAAGCAGUAGUUGUUCAGCAGCCGUAUGUAGCGCGGUUUCAUUCGUGGUUUAUUGUGCUGUCGUUUUGUGUGAAGUGCCUGUUGUUUUUCCGUUCGUGAGUGUCAGUGUUGUAUAUUGUGCUUGUGAGUGCUGGUGUUGUGAAAACAUGACCUUUCUUUUAUCUCGUUGAAGUGUUUGUUUUAGGUUGUUUAAAUGUUGUAAAAAUGUUACAAAAGCCACUUGUCACAUUUCAAAAAAAAAAAAAAAAAAAUUUCCACAUGCUCUGUGAUCAUGUUUGAAUAGGGAGAAAAAAAUUAGCGAUUGUUUUCCCAUAUUUGGCACUAUUGUAGGUACCAUGUAGAAAAUGCCUUUUGCACUGUUUGCACCGUUCACUUUUACAUUCCUCUCACAAAUGACAGUUUGAUACAUUUUGUAGCUCACAUGUUUGGCUGGUGACUUUCGCGAUGCACCGCGUACUACUCAGGCGUAACUAAUCAGGCUCCGCCCACAAUGAAAUCUCGCUGGUUCAAAAUUUUACUUAUUUUAAAUAUUUAUAUUGGACGUUUAAUAUACAUCGAAUAGGUUCUGAUUGACUAUGAUCCAGCAUAAAAAUAUGUAGUCGCUGAAAAUUUUAUGUGUCGCGCCUGGUUGGAAUGCGGUGCUUGACUUGAAGGUAAAAUACCAAGGCUUGUUAGCGCAUUAUUGGGACCAAACUCAGAUUUUUUGAAGAAAUGGCAACACCAUCAUUGAGUUUGAUGAGGGAAAUGUUUGAUAAAUGCUUAGGUUGCAUUUGAUACUUCUGUCUGAAUAUACAAACUAUUUUAAACGCCACAUAUUACUGCAGUUUUCGUAGACACCAUCACAAGUGACUAUCCUGCUCAGAACAACACCAUAACUCUUACAGGGUUUAUGAAGGAAAAAAAAAACGAAAAGAACUGAUACUGUGUCUUAAGUUAGUUUCGACAUUUAUUUUUCAUUGUUGUGAAAAUGUGAAGUAAACCCAAUUCUUUGGGACCAAACUAGCGCACUGCCAGUUGUAUCAUGAGAAAUACCCAUGUUGGGUCACUUCCAUACAAUAUGCUGGACUGUUCAAAGACCCAACCACAUCAGAGCACAAACAUCAGUAUGAAAUAAAACUAUAUAUCUAUAAACCUCCAAUGGUUCACAGCCUUUAUGACUGCAUAGUUUUUGGACACAGUAAACCUUCUAGCAAAAGGUUGCAUCCCAAAUGUUUGUGCUGUUUUGUGAGAUGCUCCUUGUGUUUUUCAGCACAUUGCAGUGCAUAGUAUGGAUAGUUAUCUAAAACCAAAUGGUGUUUUCAUUGAUGGUUUGAGUUGACAUAUUGUUAAGGCAAUUUUGUGUCUUUUUCUGAAGAAAGAAUAAAAAAAAAGCAAUGAAAACAAAAUAGUGAUAAUAAAAAGCACUAACACA